GAGUACAUCAACAUACUGUCUGUUUUAAUGGCAUUAGGACAGUGGGCUGGGUCUGUUUAGAAACUCAUGUACCUGACUGUAUUUCUCAAACUCAGUCCCUGUGGGAUGCAGAGGUUCAAUGCUCUCAACAUCAAGGGCCAAGAAAUCCAGGUGUCCAGGCCCCUGCUCCCUCCAAGGGUCAAGGUAAAGAAAGGAGCAAGUACUGUGGUGAGAGGAAUCAGAAGGAAGCAACGAAAGGCAGAGAAGAAGUCGUGAGGGAUGGAGACCGGAAACACAGACAGAGGUGGACAGCGUCAGAGCUGAAUUGAAUUGUGAGAUACCCAGUGAUGUCCCCAGAGAAUUGGAGAAUUGCUUGAUAUGGAACAGACCCACAUCUGAUGCCAGAAGGACUGCAUAAGUCGAGAAUUGAGUUUCACUUAACUAUCAUAUUUGGGCUUUAAUACAUGGCUGAAACUCAUCUCACUUCGGUGCGCGCAAGAUGGAAACCAACUUCUCCACUCCUCUGAAUGAGCAUGAAGAAGUGUCCUAUGAGUCUGCUGGCUACACUGUUCUGCAGAUCCUCCCGUUGGUGGUGCUUGGGGUCACCUUUGUCCUCGGGGUCCUGGGCAAUGGGCUUGUGAUCUGGGUGGCUGGAUUCCGGAUGACACGCACAGUCACCACCAUCUGUUACCUGAACCUGGCCCUGGCUGACUUUUCUUUCACGGCCACGUUACCAUUCCUCAUUGUCUCUAUGGCCAUGGGAGAAAAAUGGCCUUUUGACUGGUUCCUGUGUAAGUUAAUUCACAUCGUGGUGAACAUUAACCUCUUUGGAAGUGUCUUCUUGAUUGGUCUCAUUGCAUUGGACCGCUGCAUUUGUGUCCUGCAUCCAGUCUGGGCCCAGAACCACCGCACCGUGAGUCUGGCCAUGAAGGUGAUCAUCGGACCUUGGAUUCUUGCCCUAGUCCUGACCUUGCCAGUUUUCCUCUUUUUGACUACAGUAACUAUUCCAAAUGGGGACACGUACUGUAUUGCCAACUUUACAUCCUGGGGUGACACCCCUGAGGAGUGGAACAAGGUAGCCAUUACCAUGCUGACAGCCAGAGGGAUUAUCCGGUUUGUCAUUGGCUUUAGCAUGCCGAUGUCCAUUGUUGCCAUCUGCUUUGGGCUUACUGCAGCCAAGAUCUGCAAAAAGGGCAUGAUUAAAUCCAGCCGUCCCUUACGGGUCCUCACUGCUGUGGUGGCUUCUUUCUUCAUCUCUUGGUUCCCCUUUCAACUGGUUGCCCUUCUGAGCACCGUCUGGCUCAAAGAGAGGUUGCUCAAGGGCAAGUACAAAAUCAUUAAUAUCCUGGUUAACCCAACGAGCUCCCUCACCUUCUUCAACAGCUGUCUCAUCCCCAUGCUCUAUGUCUUUGUGGGCCAGGACUUCCCAGAGAGACUAAUCCACUCCCUGCCCAACAGUCUGGAGAGGGCCCUGUCUGAGGACUCAGCCCCAACCAACGACACAGCUGCCAAUUCUGCUUCACCUCUUGCAGAGACUGAGUUACAGGCAAUGUGAGGAUGGGGUCAGGGUUAUUUUGAGUUCUGUUCAUCCUACCCUAAUGCCAGUUCCAGCUUGAUCUACCCUUGAGUCAUAUUGAGGCAUUCAAGGAUGCGCAGUUCAGGUAUUUAUUCAGGAAAAAUGCUUUUGUGUCCCCAAUUUGGGACUAAGAAAUAGACAGUCAGGCUACUAUAACAUUAGUGUUAUUUUUGUUUUUUUUUGACUUCUGCCUAUACCCGGGGGUAAGUGGAGGUGGGAAACAAGGGAAGAGAAAGAGUGGUGGGGAUUUGUAAGACUUAGAUGAGGUAGCGCAUAAUAAGACUUUAAAGUACAAAGUAGAAUGUUUGCUGUAGGUUUUUUAUAGCUAUUUUUAAAAAUCAGACUACGGAAGUUUUCUUCUGUUUUUAAUUUGCUAAGACUUUUCUGUUUCUUUUUCUUACAUCAUGAAUGGAUGUUGCAUUUUAUCAAAUGCAUUUUCCACAUGUAUUAAGAUGGUCAUAUUCUUCUUCUUCUUUUAUGUAACUCAUCAUAAAUAAUGUUCAUUAAGUUCUGAAUGUUAAACUACUCUUGAAUUCCUGGAAUAAACCACACUUAGUCCUGAUAUACUUUAAAUAUUUAUAUCUCACAAGAGUUGGUUAGAAUUUCUGUGUUUAUGUUUAUAUAAAAAUGGGCGGCCGGGCACGGUGGCUCAAAGCGGCCAGGCAUGGUGGCUCAAGCCUGUAAUCCCAGCACUUUGGGAGGCUGAGGCGGGUGGAUCACCUGAGGUCAG